CCUUUCUCUCGCUCUUUUACUCUUUGCCUAUUCCUUCAAGAUGUCAACACACAAGAAGAAGACCAGGAAACUUCGUGGACACGUGAGUCAUGGCCACGGCCGCAUUGGCAAGCAUAGGAAACACCCUGGUGGUCGUGGUAAUGCUGGCGGUAUGCACCAUCAUCGUAUCAACUUUGACAAAUACCAUCCUGGUUACUUUGGAAAAUUGGGUAUGAGAAAUUAUCACCUACGUCGUAAUACCAAAUGGUGUCCCACGAUAAAUCUAGACAAAUUAUGGACUUUGGUUUCUGAUCAGACGAGAUUAAAAUACAAAAAUGUCGAGGGCAGAGCGCCUGUAAUCGAUCUUGUGAAGGCGGGAUACUACAAACUUUUGGGUAAAGGACGUCUUCCCAAGCAACCUGUUAUCGUUAAGGCCAAGUUCUUCAGCAAACAAGCGGAGGAUAAGAUCAAGGCAGUCGGCGGUGCAUGUGUAUUGUGCGCGUAAACAUCAAAGCAUCAUCUUUCGUGACACGAUAAUACAAAUCUGUAAAGUACUUUCUAAAGAUGAUGAGAUCAAAAAUCUCAAUAGAAAUGAAAGAUGUAUUUCGAUGUCACGACAAAUAAACAUUUUUUUUAAACAUA